UCUGUCCAGUGUCCGUGACUGACCCCUGCUGGAUGUUUGCAUGUUUUAGCAUUAUGAAAUAUUCAUAUUUAUAAACGCUUCAGAGUGAGUUCAAAAGACCAAAGUUUCUACCUCUGCAAUACUGCAAAUUUUGUGUUGUAUAACACAUUUUCUUUGUCUGAGAAAAGUUGGAAGACAAGCAAGAAAGCAAGAGAGAAAAAGAAAAAAGAAAGAGAAAGAAAGAAAGAAAGAAAAAGACUUUUGGCUGUACAUGUCUAAUGUUGUUAUUGUAAUAUUGAGAAUAAUGGAGGCUCAGAGUCCCAUGAUGUUGCCGUAUCCACACUUGAACCUGUGAGGGGCAGCACUGCGACCAGAAGACCUGGAAAAUGGCGGCUGGAAGUGCGCACAAUAGUGGCUCAUCGCCGCGCUUGGAGUCCACUUUGGACCGUCGCUUUCAGACUGUAUCCAACACAAUGGAAUCCAUUCAGGGACUAUCCGUCUGGUGCAUCGAGAACAAGAAAUAUCACAGCGUGAUCGUGCGAUACUGGAUAAAGUGGCUGCGCAAAUCGGAUGCGCCACACAGGCUUAAUCUCUUCUACCUGGUGAAUGAUGUCAUUCAGAACUGUAAAAGGAAAAAUGCCAUAGUCUACCGCACCACCUUUACUGAUGUGCUGCCAGAAGCUAUGAAGCUCAUCAGUGCCACAAAGGAUUCUAAGGUGAACAAGGCAGUGGUGAGGAUACUGUCCAUUUGGGAGGAGAGAAGUGUCUAUUCAGAGGAGUUCAUCAGUCAGCUGAGGAAUGGUUUGGUUCAGAAAGAAGAACCAGUGAAAGUUUCAGCUCCAGUCAGCUCCAAAUCUGCCCUGAAAUCCAAGAUUGUUGCUGAGUUUGUGCCCUCAGCAUUUAUUGAGCAUCUGUCCAAGUACAGGAAGUCCAUGGAUGAGAUUGAGCUCAAAGAGAAACAGUUAGCUGCAAUGAGAGUGGAUGUGUGCAGCACAGAGGCUCUGAAGAAACUGAAAGACAAGGCAGGAGGUAAAAGGUUUUCUAAAGACUUUGAAGAUGGGAGUGCAAAGCUUCAGGAGUUUGUUUCCUUUCUGGAUGGAGAGGUCAAAAAAGGCCCUUCAUUGAUAGAAGCUCUGGAGAAUGCAGAUAUAUUUUAUGAGAUGCAAUAUAAAGAGGUCAAGAUUGUGGCUAAAGCCUACGAGACAUUUGCAAACCGGGUGUCGCACCUUAAGCGCAAGCUUGAUGCACUGAAGAAUAUGUUGCCUGAUCCAGAUGACUCCCCCAUUCCCUCCCCGAUUGAAGAUGCUCCCUCACCCACGGGCUCUGAGUCACCUUUCAAUGCUCUGGAAAGGAUUGGUACCCCAGACCCAGAGCUGGAUGGGCAAGCAAUGGAGGAGGACCUCAUUGCUUUGGCUGAUGCUCCCAGCCCUCUCUCAUCUGUCGGGGGUUCCUCACCACCAAGUGCCCCUUUGGGAGACAAAGACAAUCGUGACAUAGAGGACAUGGACCUCUCGGAUGUAGAGGAGAUGGAAACACCUGCCAUCAUAGUUCAGGAACAUGUGGCCUCUGCUGUUGUGUCCAAACAGUCCACUGUCACAGAAUCCUUACCAACAAAUGAAGGCACACAAACAAAGCAGAUCUCAACCCCAGCAGUGACUGUUCCCUCAGCAGUAACAACAACAACAACCACCACCACACCAACCACACCAUCACUGCCAGUGAACCUUGCUGGUGUUGACCUAGGCAAGAUCAGCUCCAUCCUCAGCACAAUCACAAAUGUUAUGAAGAACUCAGCUGUUGGAGUUAGUCCUGUAUCUCGGUCUUCCCCAAGUGUACCUUCUACUCCAAGCUCAACUCAAAAGACUCCCACUACUGCCCCUACAGCCAACCCACUGGCCAGCAUCCUUUCUAGGGUGGACAUCAACCCCAACACUCUGCUCAGUGCUCUAUCCAAAACACAAACCCAUGGGGGUUUUCAGGGUCUGUCCUCUUUGCUAAACAACCCGGCUGCAAAGGCCACCACAAUUUCAAAUUCUGAAAAGCAAUCCCUAACCACACCUAUUACAGCAGAGACUCAUACAUCUCCUACAGUCUUACCUACUCCAUCUAGUCUCCCACUGGCUAGGGAUCCCACCUCUCAAGGAUGUGUGGCUCCUACGCCCAUGCAGUCCAAUAUGGCGAAUGAGAAGGGCUCUUCUCUCAACUCUACCUUGGACUCCAAGAUUGAUAACUUCCUCCAAGGUCACCCAGGACUGAAAGGCUUUAAUUUGGGCUUUCCAUCUGUUCUGACAUGGCCUAAAGGAGCUGUUGAUAGCCCUUCAGCAAGUGCAGAAAACCUUGGUGGAACCCCUGUAAGGGAUGAAGCUGGUUCUACACCAACGCAAGAUGAAAUUAUGGAUGUUCCUCAAUCAGAGCUGUUCCCGUAUCAGCAGGGACAAAUGAUGUCUAAUUCUACAGCUUUGGAUGCUAAAUCAACGCGUCCACUUCCAUCUUGGCAGGAACAAAAUGCUCAGGCCGAUCCACAAGCUCAUACGGACAUGCACCAGAAGACUGCACCAAAAAAAGACUUCCAAAAGUCUGUGCCCUCUCUUGCUGAGGCAGAAGCUAUGCGGCAUCAACGCAUCGAAGCAAUGCGUUCCUCUUCUUUGUCCAGCAACCAGCAACCUUUGAGAGACAGUGUAGAAGCCACCGAGAGAUCAGGUGUGAUGCUUCAAGAGCCGAGACAAAACCCCUUAAUUCGUGAUGUGGGACCAAAUUCUAAAAUGGUGGAAGGUAGCUAUGCAUAUCGAGAUGAUCAAGAGAAGCAAGUAUCGGCCAGCUCUGAUGCAUACGGUGCAGAGCCAUACCUUGCCAAAGAACCAAGACAGGAUCUUGCUGCACCUAACUUCUUCACAACACCUCUGCCACCGAUCCCAAAGCUUCCUCCUCCUCCACAAGACUUCAUGCAUCCAGCAUCUUCGAGAGCAAGUGGUCCUCGUCCCACCAGAGAUUUGCAGGAACCUUUCGGGGAAGCAGAAAGAGGUGGUGUUGAUGGAUCGCAUGCCCCAGCAAACUCUGAUUAUGAACACUUGUCUCAUGAGGUUCCAAACAAGGAGCCUUUCCAUCCACAUGGGGAUGGGGCCUCUCACUCUGCUCAUGCACUGCACCUUGCUCCUAAAAUCCCACCGAAUGGUCCAGUGGACUACAACCACCGACAUCCACCAAGAGUACCUCUGCAGCGCCCUCCAAGUGUACCCCAUCACCACAUUGGGUCUCCUCCUUCAGUAAGGAGUUACCAUGAAGCCUCAAGUCCUCCUCGACCUUUACCUGAAGAUCCAUACUUUGACCCAUACUAUGAACAACCACCACGUAGCCCCUCUCCCCCUCAUUACGACAUGCACCCGAUUUCACCUCAUGCACAAGAGCAUUAUACUGAAGAAAUCCCACCUCACUACCCAGAGUGCAGGGUUCCUCCUCACUUGGAACACAGGCAUCCACCACCACACCAUGUUCGUCCACCUCACCCUGGGCACUAUCAAGCUCCUAGGCCCCUUCGUAGGCCACCACCGGUCCAUCAUGAGCCACCCUUUCCAAGGGGCAAGCGACCUGGCCCACCGUUUGGUGGACCUCCCAGAUUCAGGGGCCCCUUUUAUCCCCCUAAAAGACCCUUCUUGCCUCCGCAUUACUGAAGUGUGUCUUUGCUCAGGUGUUUAGUGCAUGUCACAGUGAGCAGGUAAAGACGUCCAAGUGCAGUUGGGUUAUCAGCAAGACAAAGAUUGCUGUGGACAAUGACAUGAAGGGGAUGGUGUUGAACACCUUUGCAAGAUCACAGUAGAGAAGUGCAAAUUUAUUCAAGUAAUCGGGCAUGGAAUCAGAUCGCCAAAAACUCUUGAGCAAGAUGUGCUCUUUUCCAACAAGAAGUCAAGGAGCACUGGAGCAGAGAAAUGGAAAGAAUAUCUGGCAAGGAAUGCUGGGGGAAUGAGAUGGAAUCUGAAGGCAGACAAAACAAGAGGUAAGGUCCUGAGGUGUACAGAGACGAGCCGUUUUUGCCAACAAUGGCAGAAGAUGCAGAAGAAACGAAGUUGUCGGGCAGAAUCAUCAUGGCCUCCCUCAGUUCCUUGAGGCUUUUACUGUACUGACAUUAAUAAAGAUGUGUUUGGAAAAAACCACUGUGCCGGAGUGCAGUCUCAACCAUGAUGUCUUUGAGUCUUUUCAUCUUAGUUGCUUCAGUGAUUGUUUUUUUUUGCUUUUCACAGUUUCGCGAACACCUUUCAUUCAUCAAUAAAAUACGAUCAACAUUAUACGCAGAGGUUUUAUUGUAGCUAAAUGGCUGGAACUCAUGUCGACUGUUUAUGACUGAGAUUUGUCCUACACCGUGUUCUAGAACCAAAACCAGAGGCUUUUAAGCACAUUUAAUGUAAUUCUCAAUUAAUUAGUGUUUGAAUGGGUAAAUGUAGGCCAUUUGUAUUAUAGAAACUUAAACUAUGUAACUGCAAACUGUACAAAGCAUAGCAUGAGUUAUCAGAAUUUAAGUGUAUACAGUCAAUUCAAGUCAAAUUUUCAAAUCCACACUACAGCUCUACUUCGGGUUUUCUGUUACCUGCUUAGUGAUCCUGGACUUAACAUUUCUAAGUCCUCAUUCUCUUACAUACUAGUCUGGUUUGCGAUGAAUAUUUGUUUCAAAAUUACCCAUGUUCAUCUCACUUUAGGCUAAUAUUUGCACAAUUUUACUGUUUGAAAUUUAAAUUUAUAUGCAGACACGGUUAGAUUAAGAUGCAAGUUUUUUUGUCUGAUCAAAUAAGGACUUUAUCAAGAGAUGACUGGUCACUUCAGUUGUGUGGCAAAUGUUGCAUCACGCUGUUGCAUCGUUCUCUGAAAUAAAUGUAGCAUAAAAGACAAG